AUGGCAUUUCUGGACUAUUUGCUGCAGAUCGCAGCGGUCCUGGUGAGAAACUAUGUCUAUAUUGUUUUGGGCUUGCCUGCUGCCUACUUAAUUCUAAAUCGGUACUUUCACCCUCUCAAACGAGUGCCUGGACCAUUCCUGGCAUCGUUCUCGAAGAUUUGGCUGCUUUACCAUGCUUUGUCUGGGAGCCAACAUGUCACCGAGAUGGAAGCCCAUAAAAAAUAUGGUUAG